ACUGAAAACGCAAAGUUAUUUUGUGCUUACGAGGAUACUAUGAAAAGUACAAUUUUGCUGCUUUGUUUCCUUGUUUAUGUUUAUUUGAGUAUCAUUCAGGUCGUAUCUGAAUCACCGCCAGAUGAAACGAAGAAAAACAAGUUUAGAGAACGAGAUGCAAGCGAUGAUACACUCGGAUAUCCUGUUAUAGAUGAGGAUGCUUUGUUGAACACACAGUGCCCUCGUCAUUUGGAACUAAGAUGGCAGACGGAAGUGAGCUCUAGCAUCUACGCUACCCCUUUGAUUGCCGACAUCAACAGUGACGGUAAGCUUGAUAUAGUGGUGCCAUCUUUUGUUCACUACUUGGAAGUGCUAGAGGGUUCUGAUGGAGAUAAAAUGCCAGGAUGGCCUGUCUUUCACCAGUCAACUGUUCAUUCCACUCCUCUCCUAUUUGAUAUAGACAAGGAUGGUAUAAGAGAAAUAGCUCUGGCUACCUACAAUGGUGAAGUGAUAUUUUUCAGGGUCUCAGGCUACUUGAUGACUGAAAAACUUGAGGUACCUCGGCGGAAAGUUCUCAAAAACUGGUAUGUAGGCUUGCAUUCAGACCCAGUCGAUCGAUCUCAUCCAGAUGUUGAUGAUAAAUUGCUUAUUCAGGAGGCUGCUGAAAUGAACUUGGCAUCUCAGAUGAAUGGAAGUAUACUUGGAUCAAACACUACCAUUCUUUUGUCUAUGCAAGAUCGCCAGGGCUCCUUGGUGAAUAUGUCCCACCCAGAGAAUGAAGAGAAACUGAACUCUACUCAGGAACAAACAGACAUUAAGCUGCCGAGUAGCAUCCAUAAGUCAUCUGGAGAAACUGAAUCAACCGGCACCAUCAAAGCAGAGAACUUGACAAACUCAAGGAGGCUUCUUGAAGAUACUAACUCAAAGGAACAGGAGAGUGGUUCUGAAUCUAAAGCUUCUGAUGGAGAUGUGAAGGGUGCAACUGUUGAAAACGAUGCAGCACUGGAAGCAGAUGUUGACUCAUCUUUCGAGUUAUUCCGUGAUAACGAUGAGCUAGAUGAUGAGUACAAGUAUGACUAUGAUGAUUAUGCUGAUGAAUCCAUGUGGGGAGAUGAGGAGUGGACUGAACUGAGCCACGGGAAAAUAGAGGAUUAUGUGGAUAUUGACUCGCACAUCCUAUGCACUCCAGUUAUAGCAGAUAUUGACAAUGAUGGGAUAUCUGAGAUGGUCAUUGCAGUGUCCUACUUCUUUGAUCAUGAGUACUAUGACAAUCCGGAGCAUUUAAAAGAAUUGGGUGGUAUUGAUAUUGGAAAAUAUGUGGCCAGCUCUAUUGUGGUUUUCAAUCUUGAUACAAGACAAGUUAAGUGGACAACAGAGCUAGAUCUGAGUACUGAUGCUGGAAACUUCCGUUCUUACAUAUAUUCUUCUCCAACUGUGAUUGAUUUGGAUGGGGAUGGGAAUUUGGACAUUCUUGUUGGAACUUCUUAUGGCUUGUUUUAUGCUCUGGAUCAUCACGGUAAGGUGAGAGAGAAGUUUCCCCUUGAGAUGGCUGAAAUUCAGGGAUCUGUAGUUGCUGCAGAUAUCAAUGAUGACGGAAAGAUUGAACUGGUGACAACUGAUACACAUGGAAAUGUCGCUGCAUGGACUACACAUGGGGAAGAAAUUUGGGAAGUGCAUCUGAAGAGUCUCAUUCCACAGGGUCCAACAAUUGGUGAUGUUGAUGGGGAUGGUCGUACAGAUGUUGUGGUUCCAACAAUAUCAGGGAAUAUAUAUGUUCUUAGUGGCAAGGAUGGUUCUCAUGUCCGUCCCUAUCCAUAUCGUACUCAUGGAAGAGUGAUGAAUCAAGUUCUUCUGGUUGAUCUUAGCAAACAUCGGGAGAAACAGAAGGGGCUUACUAUUGUUACAACAUCGUUUGAUGGUUAUUUGUACCUGAUUGAUGGGCCCACCUCAUGUGCUGAUGUUGUUGAUAUUGGCGAGACCUCAUAUAGCAUGGUCUUGGCGGACAAUAUUGAUGCUGGAGAGUUGGGGGACGAUCUUGAUGGUGGAGGGGAUCUUGACCUCAUUGUUACUACUAUGAAUGGCAAUGUCUUCUGCUUCUCUACUCAAGCUCCGUAUCAUCCCCUCAAGGCAUGGAGAUCGCCUAACCAAGGGAGGAACAACUUUGUGAACCGAUACAACCGUGAAGGGAUCUCUGUCUCACAUUCAUCCAGAGCUUUCCGUGAUGAGGAAGGUAAGAACUUCUGGGUGGAGAUUGAGAUUGUUGACAGAUACAGAUUUCCAUCAGGGUCUCAAGCACCUUAUAAUGUCACUACUACUUUAUUGGUUCCUGGGAACUAUCAAGGAGACAGGCGGAUAACAAGUAACCAGGUCUUCAGUCACCCGGGAAAAUAUCGAAUAAAGCUUCCUACAGUAGCUGUGCGGACUACAGGGACAGUUUUGGUGGAGAUGGUUGACAAGAAUGGACUCCAUUUCUCAGAUGAAUUCUCACUCACUUUCCAUAUGUAUUACUUCAAAUUACUGAAGUGGCUUCUUGUUCUUCCAAUGCUUGGGAUGUUUGGUGUGCUGGUCAUCUUUCGUCCUCAGGAAGCCAUGCCAUUGCCUUCAUUCUCACGGAAUACCGACUUGUGAUGAUUCACCUUCAUCUGACCCUCUUAAUCUGGUCAUCUUUAAAGAUGCUAACUUGGUGAAUGCCUGUAAUAUCUAUUGUACCUAGAGUUUUCAAAUCUCCUCCAGUAUAGAACUCUACAACAAGGCAAAGUUGAAUGGGUUACAAGUCAUCUGCGUCUCAAACUGGGAGCUUGUUCCUCUGAAAUCAGGUAGGUGUUGCUGAUGUUGAAAGUCAGCAAACAUGUGACAUCGUUUGGUCCCAGAAUAGUUACUUGCU